CAAUUUUUGUGAAGCACACAUUCUAUGAGAAUGCUCUGUUGCAACUUUGCCGGGAAAUUAAAAGUGUUUGUUCUACGAAAAUGUAAUGAUACAUAUGCUUUAACCGCAAUUGUACAAACUCAAGAGAAAGUUUCAAACAUCUAGAACUAUACCAUUCAAGGCAACCAUCAAACGGGAAGAUUUUUUAUUGAAAAAAGAUGGCAUCCCCCCUGGAUACGGUAUCAUUUAUCGUGCCCCAAUGGAAUAUUACCUUACAGCAUGCAACUAUAUGACCACGUUCAGUUUUAUAACGGUAGGUGGAAUCAGUGCCUUCACAUAUAUCAAAAAUUUUCAUGACAUCGUUGUGCCAUUCCAAAUUGAAUACGCAACACUAACAACCAACGAGACAGAUUUACUAUAUUUCCUGGGAUUUUUCAGUUUCAUCAAUAUACUUAUUCGUGUUGCAAUAAACCGUUAUCCAUUGCGUAUUUAUCGCAAAGAAAAACAAUACCUCGCCAUGUUUGAAGGAAAAAUUCCUUUAACUUAUAAGAAACUGAAAUUUUACCAAGGUGAUGUAGUUCCAGUGCCUCCAGGUGGUAUGCUACCUUGGCAGGAGUCUAGGUACAAAAUAAAAGAUAAACAUGUGCUGUUGUUAGAUGAAUACUUUCGUUCACCAUCUGAGUUGAAUACCAUGAUGAUACGUAACAAGACAGUUAAAAAAAGUAGUAACACACUCUGAAUCGAGCUCGUGUGUGGGCUUAGUAGAAAAGAAACUAAAAUUAUUCAAGCAGUUGAAUCAGGUGUUAAUGGGAUUAAUGUAUUUUUUAAGUACACUGAAGUUUAAUAUAUAAUUUCGUCGGAUAAUGUACUGCGUAUGCGUGUUAUAUGUUAAAAUAAAGAAGUCGUACUCUUGGUA